AUGGCGCACGACACUCCACCAGUGUACGUGUCCAAUACUCGGCAGUUGCAAGGUUUUGUAGCCCUAAAGAAAAUCGAACAACUACGUCUUUGUGUUGAGAUUACGGAGAACAAGGACGACAGAGCAAGAGAGAAGACUAAAACAAACUUCAGUUUUAGCUCAGAACUAGAAGCGUCAGAAGUAGAAGCGUCAGAAGUUGAGUCCAGAGACGAUAAUUACAGUGGGAGUUUCGAUGGUUGCAGUUCGGAGAAGGAAGAAGAGGACAAUGAGAUUGAUUGCUCUAGUAUUGUGGAAGGAGAAAAUCAGAACGUAGGCGGAGAAGAUGAAACAGGCAAAGAAAACGAAGAAGACGAUGAAUUUGAUAGCCGAUUUGAUAUGUUCGACGACUCGGACGGUGCGUCAUCUGAAGAUGAUAACUUCAGCUCAUACGGUGCGUCUCCUUUAGAAGACGAAGAGUCACCAACGAUACCUCCCAAGAAGAUAUAUCAGAACUUCUCGAUGAGCGGGUCUAAAGAGAGUGAGGAGGUUCUUCUAAGGUUGGAGAUGUCGUCGUUAAAUCUUGCGGUAGGGCAACGAUACGAGAGUAAAGCCGAUUUGGAGAGACGACUGAAACUUGUUACAGUGAAAGAUCGAUUUGAUUAUGAUGUAGACAUAUCAACCCGAACAUUAUUCAUUGUUAAGUGUUGGGUUGAUGGAUGUAUCUGGAGGGUUCGUGCUUCUACCAAAGGGGAAUCCCCGGCGUUCUAUGUUUGUAUUUACGAAUCGAAUCAUACAUGUUCUACAACUGAGCGUUCUAAUCGAUGUCGAAAUGCAACACCAGAUAUUUUAGGAGAGUUGUACAAGAACUUUCUCGGCGACGUUGGUCCGGCCGUUCGCGCUACGAGUGUUGGAAUAGCUAUCACUAAGCAGUUUGGUGUAAAGAUGAAAUAUUGGAAAUCUUACCGGACGCUGAAAUUUGCAAGGGAAAUCGUUCAGGGAACACCUGAGAGUGGGUUUGAACGCUUGCCUUCUUACUUAUACAUGAUAAUAAGGGAAAAUCCGAGUACAGUUGCACGUCUUCAAAUCGAUGAGAAUGGAAAAUUCAUGUAUGUGUUUCUUGCGUUUGAUGCGAGCGUAAAUGGGUUUCCUUUCAUGCGCAAAGUUGUGGUUGUCGACGGUACGUUUCUUAAUGGUAGAUACAAAGGGACGCUUCUCCCAGCACUAGCUCAGGAUGGUAACUUUCAGAUUUUUCCAAUAGCCUUCGCAGUGGUUGACACUGAAAAUGAUGAUUCCUGGCAUUGGUUUUUUACGCAACUAAAACUUUUGAUUCCUGACGACGAGGGUCUUGCGAUAAUCUCGGAUAGGCAUAACUCGAUUGGGAAAGCAAUUACAAAUGUGUAUCCGCUUGCUUCUCGUGGAAUUUGCACGUACCAUCUAUAUAAGAAUAUACUGGGACGGUACAAAGGAAAAGAUGCAUUUCGUCUGGUGAAGAAAGCGGCGAGAUGUUUUGGGAUGUCUGACUUUACUCAGAUUUUCGAGGAGAUUGAAGCGAUUAAUCCAGCACUCCACGGCUACCUCCAAAGGACUGAUGUCCGACUGUGGACGCGUGUUCAUUUCCCAGGCGAGAGGUACAAUUUGAUGACUACGAACAUAGCGGAAUCAAUGAACAGAGCAUUGUCGAAUGCUAGAGGUCUUAACAUUGUUCGGAUAUUAGAAUCGAUAUGGGUUAUGAUGAUGAGAUGGUUUGCUGAACGAAGAGAGGAUGCCAGAUCGCAGCGAACCACGCUUACUCGUGGUGUGGAGAAACUACUACAUGAUCGUGUAACUGCCGCCAAAGAUUUGGCGGUACAGAGGAUUGAUGAUCAUCACACUGAAGUUAAAUAUGGAUCUUCCGGCGAGUCUUUGCAUGUUGUUAAUUUGGUAGAGCGAAAGUGCACAUGUCGCCGUUUCGAACUUGAGAAAUUACCAUGUGUACAUGCAAUCGCAGCGGCGGAGUACAUGAAUGUUUCUCAUAUAUCCUUGUGCAGUCCUUACUAUACCAGCAAUUAUUUGGUUAGCGCAUACGCUGAAUCGGUCAUGCCGGUUGAUUCAGCGCAACCUGUUCCAGAACUCGUGGCUAACCAACGCUGCUUGCCCCCGACUGUACGUCAACCACCAGGCAGACCGAAGAAGAAUAGGAUGAAAUCUGCUUUAGAAGUUGCACUAUCAAACAAACGUCCUAGGAAAGAGCACACAUGUUCUCGAUGUAGACAGAGUGGUCAUAAUGCGAAAACUUGUCCGAUGUAA